AUGGAGUGUAACGAUGGUGGUACUGAUUAUACGGCAACCGGACGUACUUCAAUGGUUCGUCUCAAAAAUCACAGCUACUGGAGGGGUAGUGUUUUAACUGGAAAUCAGGCGGUGAACUCGUGUAUAGCGUUAUGUGCUCUUAAAUUAACUCAAUGGUUGCACGAUUCAUCUAUCCAUAUGAACUUGGAGAUAAUUUCUGACCAAGAGGCAGGUACAAGAUGGAGCGAAAAGCAAGCGAAACAAAGGCAAGUAAUUCAACCUCAAUUUUCUGGUUUCAAAUAUGGUCGACAUUGGUCAGAUGAGAAGAUUGCAUUGCUGGGUGCAAUACAGUCUCUGUUUGAAGGUUCAAUGUAUACAUUUGUAUUUCUAUGGACACCUGCUCUGAGUCCAAAUGAUGAAGAUAUUCCCCAUGGUUUUAUUUUUGCAACUUUCAUGUUGGCUUCAAUGUUGGGAAGCUCAAUUGCGUCUCGUCUAUUAUCCCGCAACUCACCUAAAGUGGAGAGCUACAUGCAGAUUGUAUUCAUAAUUUCUUCUGCCUCCCUUCUGCUUCCAAUUCUGACCAGUUUCUUGGUCGCUCCAUCGAAGGUGAAAGGGGGUGGUAUCUCAUUUUCGGGUUGUCUCCAGCUUCUUGGCUUCUCUACAUUUGAGGCUUGUGUAGGGAUUUUCUGGCCAUCCAUUAUGAAGAUGAGAUCCCAAUACGUUCCCGAGGAGGCUAGAAGCACCAUCAUGAACUUCUUCCGCAUCCCCCUAAACAUGUUUGUUUGCAUUGUUCUAUAUAAUGUUGAUGCAUUCCCCAUCACUGUGAUGUUUGGUAUGUGCUCAAUCUUCCUCUUCGUGGCAUCCAUUUUACAGAGACGUCUCUCAGCAAUUGCAGACAAGCCAAAGACAGAAGAUUGGGCCAUGAUGAAGGAUAAGGAUGCCGAGGGUGAGCCACUAAAUGUCACGUGAUGUAAAUAUCUUCGGAUGGCAAAAACAUUUCAAGAUUUGUUAAUAACCACGCAUUUGUCAUCUGCAACACGGGUUUCAUCUAUAGACUAGAGCGCAAUUAAUUGACUGCUGCAAAAAUUACGACAAGAAUGAGUUGGUUACCUGCAAAGAAACAUACCAUGCAUAUACAAAUACUUUAUGUUUGUUUGUUUGUGUGUUGUUUAGACGGGGUGAAAUCAUAAAUAUUAGCACCUUAUAACCAAAGACGUGCUGUUAGGAUGGAUAUUCAUUGUUUUCUUUGUUAUUUUGGUAUAUUUUUCCAUGAUAUUAAAAAAAAAA